GGGGAACUGUAUAAUUAAUGUGUCAUGAGGGAAUUGGAAUAAUGCUGUAUAGGGUAGUGAUCUUUGCUUAGGAUUGUUUUGAAAAUAGAUCCCAAAAUACAGCUCCCCUGUUCUCUUACCCCUGGAUUCAUCCCAAAGUUCACAAAAUAUCACUUUUAUUUCUGUACUUAUUCAUCUGAUCUGUGAUUUGGUUUGUACCUCAAAUAGUGUUGCUUGUUCCAGGUUGGUUUCAGUGGGUGUAUGGCCCUAAUUUUCUGUAGGGAGUGUAGGAAUUGACACCAAUCUUUGGGGCAGGACUUUAUACAUGUCCCAGGAGAACAAGCACGUUGUUAAAACUGGCUCCUCAUUAUUGUUAGGUUUCUUUGGAAACUGAAGAGAGCAGGGCAGGGACUGUUGAAAAAUCAAACCAUUAAACCAAAUAACAGCAGUUUUAGAAAGAACAAAGUCCUCUUAUUUUCUCUGCCAAACAAUUUUGAGCUUUUUUUUAGCUGAGAUUAUAUUAAUCCUUCUUUAUUGUUACUUGCAUUCCUGAGGCUUUGCUUUCAUAUCACGCCUCAAGUACCUGUGAAUUUAAAAAAAACCCAAAAAACCAAAGUUUUGCCUAAAAAGUUGUGUCAAAUUUCUGUUUAAAGCAUUGUCCAAGGAGAGUUUUAAUGAAAUUUGUUGUUUGCUGCUGCUUUGAAGGGUUUUAGUUUGUUGGUUUUUUUUUUCUUUUUGAAUCAACAGGAACUUUUAAUGGAAUUUCUGUGUCGAAGUGUAUGAAAUACCCAGAUGGUUUUGUUAUUGUUGAACAUUAACAUUGCCUCUGAGGCUGAUACUUUCUCCAAUAAGAGCACAAUUUUUGUCCCCUCUUAAAUUUUCCUCCUAUUCCUGCUCAUUUUUCUUCAUGUAGAUGGGUCAAAAUGAGGCCUGACACUUUUCAAGCAUAUUGAGAUAGAAGCAGAAAAAAGUGGUGGUUGUACAAUUCUGAAGUGAAUGGCCUGGAGGAGGAAGGAUGUGAUGACAUGGCUGUGACUGUCAUAUGAUGAACCACUUUGUGGUUGGCAGCACUGCAGAUGUUUUGACCUUCCUCUCCACUCUUUCAUUAUGGCAGAGCCACAUCUAAGGAAAAUGACCCCUGAAACCACAAACUUAACAUUUGUAGCUCAAGAUCUGUGCUCGUGGUAAUGUUCUAGGGCAAAAAUGACACAGCAAAGCACACUUUUUUAAUAAAAAUAUAAUUAUUUUGUACUAUAGUGAAGAAGUUUUAUCUUUCAUGGUAUUUAAUUUUACCUCCCUUCUUUUGUUUCCAGCACUUACACAAGUAAUUAGAGAGUUAGACUUGCUUAGGCGUGAGGGAUCAAUUCCAUCUUCAUGUGUAAGCUUUGUAACUUAUUUUCGCCAAAUCAGUCUGAACUAUUGUCUCAUGUCUCCGAGAAGCACACAGAAGAAGGAACCAAUGUGGAUGACAUCAUUAUUCCUCUCCAACCUCUAACAGUGCCCACAAACACAGGCAGAGAUGGAGAAGAGCUUCUUGUAGCGAAGAGGAAAAGGGGCAGACCUAAAGGGUCUACUAAGAAGUUUUGUGUGGAUGAAGAUGUGGCAGAAAACAACCCUGUUCCAAAUGAAGAAACUCCCCCUGGAACAGAAGAGGGCCCAGAAGUGUCUGAAGUGUCACCAGGCAGCUUGGAAUGUAGGAAAUGCAAUCGGAAAUUCUCCAACACACGUCAGCUGACUAAACAUAUCUGCAUUAUUGUCUUAAAUGAAGGAGAGGAAGAAGGAGAUGGAGGUAAUGAUUCUGACGUUGACCUUGACAGGAAGGAAGAUGAGCGAGAAAAAACUCCAAAGAGGCCCAGAGUUCAGAAAACAGAGAAAACCCCAUCAACUAAGGAGACCGAACAGGUUCCAGGAGCUAAAAAUCCUAUUAUAAGUGUGGUUUUGACAGCCCAUGAAGCUAUUCCAGGAGCCACAAAAAUUGUUCCUGUCGAGGCUGCUCCCCAGGAAAGUGAACCCACAACUCCAGAGACAACAGUUCAAGAGCCAUCACAACGAAAAGGAUAUCAAGAAUAUUCCAUUCAGCAAACCCCAUAUGAACAGGCAAUGAAAUCAAGCAGGUUGGGCCCAACUCAACUGAAGAUUUUUACAUGUGAAUACUGUAACAAGGUGUUCAAAUUUAAACACUCCCUCCAAGCACAUUUGAGGAUUCAUACAAAUGAGAAGCCUUACAAGUGUCCUUCCUGCAGUUAUGCCAGUGCAAUCAAAGCCAACCUGAAUGUUCACAUGCGGAAACACACUGGAGAGAAGUUCAGCUGUGAUUAUUGUACGUUCACUUGCCUCAGCAAAGGCCACCUCAAAGUCCACAUCGAAAGGGUUCAUAAGAAAAUUAAGCAGCACUGUCGCUUCUGCAAGAAGAAGUACUCGGAUGUCAAAAAUUUGAUCAAACACAUCAAGGAAACUCAUGACCUUCAAGACAAAAAGGUGAAAGAUGUUUUCGAUGAGCUUCGCUUGAUGACACGAGAGGGCAAAAGGCAACUUCUGUAUGAUUGCCACAUUUGUGAGCGCAAAUUCAAAAAUGAGCUUGAUCGAGACCGUCACAUGCUUGUUCAUGGGGAUGAAAGGCCCUUUGCUUGUGAGCUCUGUGGUCACGGAGCCACUAAAUACCAAGCUCUUGAGCUUCACGUUCGGAAGCACCCCUUUGUGUACGUGUGCUCUGUAUGCCUGAAGAAGUUUGUCAGUUCUGUGAGACUCCGUGCUCACAUCAAAGACGUUCACGCGGAUCUGCAGGAGGAUUCUGUUUUUAACAGCUCUAUUAACCAAAGCUUCUGCCUGCUCGAGCCAGGAGGGGACAUCCAGCCAGAAGCCCUCGGUGAACAGCAAACACAAACUGCAGGUGAAUCGACUGUCACAGGUACUGAUGCUGUUAACACACCACAGCCACCUGCUGGUGAAGGUGAAUCAACAACUGCAGAUGUCAACCAUAAUGGCCAACAUAAUGGGGAUGUAAAAGUUGAUACAAUCCUUUCCUUGGAAUUUGAAAACCCUCUGAUGAAGAAUGUAGCAGAGACACUGUGUCAGACAACAGAGAUAGCAGUCCCAAACAUUCAGCCCUGUGUAGCAUCAGAUUGCUUUCUGCUGAAAAAUGGUACUGCUGGUCCUGAGGAGUUAAAGGUUUCUCCUCCAAAUGAAGAGGAAGUUAAUCACUGCAGUUCUGUAAAUGAGCAGGGUGAAGAAAUUCAUCUUUUACUGUCUGAAGACAAAAGUUUAAAUUCGAGUCAGAACAAUGCAGUGGCUGAGAACCUUCCAGUCUCUGAAGAGAGAACCCGGUCUGUUCCUUCUAGUGAAUCAGAAAAAAGCAAUCCUCCAGUUCAGAACUCAGCAGAAUCCACAGACCCUUUACCAGCACCAGAAGCUGGAGCAGCCACCAGCCCACAGGCAGCCGCUUCCAACAGGGCUACAUCCAACGGUGGGACUGGAUCCAUUGCCUUCAUGCAGAUCUUGGAUAGCUUGCAGAAGAGACAAAUGAACACAGAGUUGUGUGAGAGGAUAAGGAAGGUUUAUGGAGACUUAGAAUGUGAAUACUGCGGUAAAUUGUUUUGGUACCAAGUGCAUUAUGACAUGCAUGUUCGUACACAUACUCGAGAACAUUUAUAUUACUGCUCCCAGUGCAAUUACUCCUCCAUCACCAAAAACUGCCUUAAGCGUCACGUCAUCCAGAAACACAGUAAUAUUCUGCUGAAAUGUCCCACAGAACAUUGUGACUACUCUACUCCAGAUAAAUACAAGCUCCAGGCACACCUUAAAGUUCACACAGAUCUGGAUAAAAAGAGUUAUUCCUGUCCCGUAUGUGAGAAGUCAUUUUCUGAAGAUCGACUUAUAAAAUCUCACAUCAAGACAAAUCACCCUGAGGUUUCAAUGAAUACUAUUUCUGAGAUUCUUGGCAGAAGAGUUCAGCUGAAAGGACUUAUUGGAAAACGAGCUGUGAAAUGUCCCUACUGUGAUUUUUAUUUUAUGAAGAAUGGAUCAGACCUUCAACGUCAUAUUUGGGCUCAUGAAGGUGUCAAACCCUUCAAGUGCUCUCUCUGUGAGUACGCCACGCGCAGCAAGAGUAACUUGAAAGCCCACAUGAAUCGUCACAGCACUGAGAAAACACACCUCUGUGAUAUGUGUGGGAAAAAGUUCAAAUCAAAAGGCACUUUGAAGAGCCAUAAACUCCUUCAUACUGCUGAUGGAAAGCAGUUUAAAUGUACGGUGUGUGACUAUACAGCUGCCCAAAAACCACAGCUCCUACGUCAUAUGGAACAACAUGUCUCUUUCAAGCCCUUCCGAUGUGCACAUUGCCACUAUUCCUGCAAUAUAUCUGGUUCCCUGAAGAGGCAUUACAACAGGAAGCAUCCUAAUGAAGAGUAUGUAAAUGUAGGGUCUGGGGAGCCUGCAGCCGAAGCCCUUAUCCAACAAGGUGGCAUUAAGUGUCCUGUUUGCAGCUUUGUGUAUGGUACAAAAUGGGAGUUCAACAGGCACCUUAAAAACAAGCAUGGAAUGAAGCUGGUGGAAAAUGAUGGGGAGACCAAGUGGGAGCUAACUGCUGAAGUUUCUGAAGAAGCAUCCACUCAGUAUGUCCAUAUCACAGAGGCUGGAGAAGAUGUUCAAGGCACUCAAGCUGCUGUAGCUGCAUUACAGAACCUUAGAUAUACUUCUGAGAAUGGUGAAAGACUUGAUCCAACAGCUGUAAACAUCCUGCAGCAAAUCAUUGAGUUGGGUUCGGAGUCCCAUGAUGCCACCGCAGUUGCUUCUGUAGUUACGAUGGCCCCUGGCACUGUGACAGUAGUAAAGCAGGUAAAAGAAGAGGAGCAAUCAGCCAAUCACACCUUGAUGAUUCAAGAGACACUGCAGCAGGCGUCAGUGGAGCUGUCUGAGCAGCAUCACCUGGUGGUCUCAUCAGAUGAAGUGGAGGGGAUUGAGACAGUGACUGUCUAUACACAGGGUGGAGAGGCUUCUGAAUUCAUUGUUUAUGUUCAGGAGGCUGUGCAGCCUGUGGAGGAACAAACUGUGGAACAAUCAGUGCAGGAGCUCUAGAGAAUAGCGAUCAAAGGAGAUGGCUACUUGAUUUGUAAAAAAGUUUGGGUUUUUUUUUCCCAAACAAAAGCAAUCAAGCUGAUGGAUUUUAAUCUGUGAAGUGAUCUAACUAGUUGGAUUGUAUGAGUAACUUAGACAUCAUGUGCAAAAAACCUCCUCAGACUUUUUUCUUUUCUAAAAAAUGGUCAUAUUUUGAGGAAAAAGUAUUCUUCCCUUUCUCAGAAGAUCUUUCACUUGAUUCCUGUAAAUCCUCACAAAUAUCCUCUAUUCAAAACUGUGGUAUCCCAUGAUAAUAAAAAUCCAUAAAGGUAGCUAGAAUGUAUAGAAAAGCCCAUACAUCCCAUUUUGUACACCCUUAAUAUGUGCUUGACUUGACUGGAAGCAAAAUUGUUUUUUCUUUAAAUUAAAAGGGCCUCUUAUUUCUGAGUACAUGCUUAGGAAGUGUCUGCGAAGUUGUGGUUCUAACCCAAACAAAAGUUCAAGACUUUAAUUAGAAACGUACCACAGAUGGACUGUAGUUGGUGCUUGUGAGGUGAUCCUUUGAGUUUGAGAGGUAUUUAAAGCCAUAUGUGAAAAUUCUGGGUGCCAGUAGGAUGACUGUUAUUUAGAUAUUUGAAUGAUGGUAACUCUUUCCAUCCCACUGAGUAAGUACCUGUCCUGUAGCAUAAAUUGAAACCAAAUCUGUCAAAUUAAGGAAAUAUUCUGUUAUUUUUAAGAAAAAAAAUAUAUUCAAAAGAUUUGUAAAUGCUAUAAGAGAUGUAUGUUCAUAUGUUUUAAACAGACGUGCUUGUAAAUAUGAUUGUGUGAAAAAAAAUUGUACAAAAAACUUAAGUAAAUAUUGACAAGAAUCUAGAUAUUCUUAAUUAUGCAUGUAUAUAGUUCCAGGUUUUUCUUCAUGAAUCUUGAAUUGUUUCUGGCUUAAUAUUUUUAAAUUUGAGCUAUAAAAGUUAUUAAUAACAAAAUUGUCAUGUUUUCUUCUAGUGCUCUAAUUUAUUAAGUGCUGGUUUCCUUUUCACAGCUAAGUAAAAACAUGCUGGUUUACGCUGACUGUGACAAAUUAUUCCUGUAGUUAGUAGUGUUUAAUCAAGAAAGUGGCACCACGAAGUUCAGGCAGACUUUUCUAUGUGAUUGAACUUAUUUCUGGAUGUUCUGGGUAGAAAAGUGGAGAAAAGCUUUUUACUAAGUGGAUAUAAUGCAGUGAGUUGGUUGUCUGCCUCUUCUGGCUCUGCUGGGUUCUCUCAAUGCUGAACAAAAUCAGUGGUUGCUUCUCACUUAACCGUGGUGAUAGGGAAUUUAAAUUUGUUCAUGGAAAAGAACUGAGAGUUGUUUGGCUGUGAUGGCAACUGUGUGUCCUCAGGUUUAGUCUUGAAAGUGCACUAGAAGCCCCAGGGAUAUUAAGGUUGUAGGAUGGAGACCUCACUGCCAUUUUGUGUCGCUGACUGGAGCUGGUAAAAGUAUCAGGAUUAAUUCCUUGUGUGUUCAGUAUACUUGACAUUUGUAACAUCAUAGAAACUGAUGCACAAAAUGCAUCAACUUGAUUAAUCUGCAUAAGAAACCUUGGUUUUGUUAUUAGUGGUUGAAAUUCACUGUUGAUUUGCAAGAAUAAUGCUUUCUGUUAUCUAGAAGAGAAGAAAGAGAUAUCAAACACUUAGAAUUUAUUGAAUUAUUCACAACCCACUUGCUGUUAAAACCACAUUUGGAAGAGCAUCCUGAUCAUAUGUGGUAAUAGUGAUGAUCUUAACAUAAAACCUCUCUGAAUCAGUUCAGCAAUAUAUUGUGUUAUUGCCUGACUGGGGGAGGGACAGAAAAGUAUUUUACUAUGCAUCACUCCAGAAUUCUUAAGUAGAUUAUUUCAAAUAGACCGAGCAAUUCUGUCUAUGAGAGGUGUGUCUGUUUGGAGGAAGGGGUUUGUUUUAAUUCCAAUGUUUCAUGGCCAUACAUACCUAUGUAAUUUAAGGCUUUAUUUAUGGUUAAUGAGUUAUAUCACAUUUUCCUGUGCUAAAGCGUGAACACUUGUGUGAAUUUUCUACAUGCUUUUAAUUUUAUUAUUUUAAAAGUAGUUUUCAACUGAGGUCUUUUCUGAAGUUCCUUUUUUUUUACCCAGCUCUGCUUGGAAAUGCAAUGGUUGGAAACAGAUGAGGUGUAAGUCAGGAAGCCGUGUUAAGUAAUGCACAUUGAUUUCUUGCCUACUUAAUUAAUACAUUUUCUUCCUUCAAGAAUAUUA